AGUUAUUUAAAAUGUAUUUAUGCCGCUCAUUUUGUCUUUAUGUCGUCCGGUGUCUCAAGGGUCGUUGUUCCUGCCCCUGAUUUCCUAGUCGUUAAGGCUCAAAAAAAAUAUGCGAGCCCUUCCCCGAAUAAAAUUUCGACAGUUUUGACUAAUGUACAAAGAAGAAACGUCCAAACUCUUGCUCCGUCUGCGUGCAGGGAUUUAACCGUUUUUCAGAUGGCUGCACAGGGUGAACUAAUUAUGCUUCAAUCAAAGCUCGGGACGCCCGGGUUCUUUGUAGACACUCAGGAUGCAAAUGGUUUUACUCCAUAUUUGUGGGCCUGUGCUAAUGGUCAAAAGGCAGCGGUCGAGCUACUCCUCUACCAUGGGGCCGAUCCUAUGCUUACAGGUGACAAUGGGGAAAACGGGCUUCUUUUGGCUGCAAGCAGAGGCCACUACGACGUUGCGCUCUACCUUCUGCGAGCCGGUAUUCCCGUGGAUGUAUCCGACGAAUUGUGCAACACUGCUCUGAUGUUCGCUACGUCAGCCAACCACAUUGCCAUCGUUUCCUUGCUUCUUGAAUGGGGUGCUGAUUUGACGUUGCAAAAUGCCGAAGGAUGGACAGCUUAUGACUUUGCAGUGAAACGCGGAUCUCGAGCAAGCCAAAGAGUAAUAGAGAAACAUAUUAUCAAUAUCCUACAGGGGAAGCCAUAA